CCACUGCCGGCCACAUCAUUCGUGUUCACCAUCGUGCUUGACAGCGACGACGACGGGCGUUCUCGCAUAUUCAUUCUUGGUUUAAUCCGUCCAUUCCGUACAUUUCUUGUUAUUAUCGUCUACUACCACUACAGAAUAUACCCUUGAACAUGCAACAGCUAUCUUCGCUAUCCUGGAGCCCGUCACGGCCGUCGUCGUCGUUAUCUAUGCGCUCCAAUCGCGCUGGCAGCCCGUCGUCGUUCUCCGUUGAUGAUCCCGUUGCCAUUCGCAACCAGAUGUCUAGCCUCAGGCAUACUAUACGCCACCAGCAAGGCCAGCUCCAGCACCUAGAACAGCUUCUUCAGCGCGCCCCUCGCCAGCCCAUCUCUUCCUACUCUCCACCUCCAUCCCCCACGCUCUCCGACCUCAUGUCCGGCACCCCCCUCGUAAGACGAACGCCAAGUCGGGACUCGCUGCAGAACCUCGCUGGUCCGGACUCGAGUCUUCCGUUGCCGCGGAGAGGAGGAGAGAUGUUUGGGCAGGAUGGUGGGAUAAGAGAGGGCAUUCCUAUGAAUUUUGGAUCGAGUCAAUCGGGCAGUCCGGCAAAGCGAAAUUCAAGUCCAACUCGGACCCUCAGUCGAAUACCCGUCUCCUCCGUGGGCAAUGCUCGUGCACUCGCGGACGACGGUCACACACCACCACGCCAUCAGUCGCUUAAUCCGAUCGAUCCGUCGUUAGCCAACUCUACAUCGUCAUCCAAUGGCGCCUCAUCCUCGUUGUUGCAACCACCCUCACCGAACACCGCGCGUCGUAUAUCCCUCACACCGGGUGGAACGACAAAGGUGUUAGCGGACCUCCAGACGGGUGUCAUCCAAGCCAAGACGGCACUGGAGAACACCAAGGCACAGCUGAGGCUUUCGCAGAGGAGCGUGGCGCAGCUGACGAGACAGACGGAGGAUCUGAAAGAGGUCAGGGAGAGGCUCAGGUUGGAGAAUGAGGGGCUGAAUAAUGUGGUUGCUAGGAAGGAGCGGUUGCUACAGGAGGUCCUGGAGCGAGCACGAAAAGCCGAAGCCGACGCGACCACAUACAAGUCUCAGCUCAAAUCCGAAUCGUCGACCACUAAAAAGACGAUCCGUGACCUCGAGGCCGCACUGCAAGAGUCGACAGCCCUCUCAUCCAAGUCCGAACGCGAGUACGUUACACUUCGCGACUCUCUCACCUCCAUGAAGUCCGCGUGGAAGUCCGAUGUCGAAUUGCUGAGGGAGGAGAUCAAGAAGAAGGAAGAGAGGUGGCAAAAGGCGGAUGAGGAGCUCGGGGGGAAAUACAAGAGGUUGCUGGAGGAGGUCGCGAAGGGUACGGAGCAGAGGGAGAGCCUAGAGGAGCUGAAGAAGAAGGAUAAGGAGUUGAGGGAGAGCAUUGAAGGAAGCUUUAGAGAUGAGAUCUCAAGAUUGAGGGAGGAGGUGGAAAGGGAGACAAAAGAGCAGCAGAAGGCUAAUAAGACUGCAGAACAUCUUUCGGGCGAGCUCGCACGGAUACGUAGGCUUAUGCAAUCUGUCGGUCAACCGGAAGAAGAAGAUCCUCCAGCAUGAUUUGUCUGGACAUUGCUCCAUGCCGUUUCUCUGCAUUUUGGUACCCAGCUUAUUCUAUUCUCUCCGGUGGUCAACCUCGCAUGUCUUCGUCAUUGGACUAAUCUCUCGCUCACAACCUCACGCAUUGUAAUGAUCCUCCAUCUACCAACCAUCUCUGCCUCCCAUAUCUAUCUUUCAUCACACAUCUGCACAGCCCGUCGCUCACGAUGCAAUCUUGCGCUCCUACUUACCGCAUCAUCUCACUCACUCUCAUUCUCACAUUAUUUCCAGCUAUCGCCACACCGCAUUAUCAUUGUCGCCACGUACAUACAAUCGGUUAUACCUCUUGCCUGCCCGCUCGUUCUUGCUUUGCUUUCUUUCCUCACACACC